GGCGCUGCUGGGGGGCGGCUGGCGGGCCCGCAGCGCCGGCCGGGCCAUGUCGGCGCUGGAGUGGUUCGCGCACAAGCCCCUGGGCGGCGGUAUCUUUUGGAUCCAGGAACGCUUCUACGAGUCGGGCAACCGGGCCAACAUCUGGCUAGUGCGGGGCUCGCAGCGAGACGUGGUGAUCGACGCGGGGCUGGGACUGCGCAGCCUGCCCGACUACCUGCGUGACGCCGGGCUGCUGGCGCCGGCCGAGGGCGCCGGGCCGCGGCCGCUGCUGGCCGUGGCCACCCACGUCCACUUCGACCACUCGGGCGGGCUGCAGCACUUCGAGGAGGUGGCGGUGCACAGCGCCGAGGCGUCGGCGCUGCUCCAAGGCGACAAUUACGAGGCCGUGACGUGGCUGUCAGACCGGGAGGUGGCGCGGCCGCCGCGGCCCGGCUGGAGCGCCCGGCAGUUCCGCGUCCCGCCCGUCCGGCCCAGUCGCCUGCUGCACGAGGGGGAUGUGAUCAACCUCGGAGAUCGACAGCUCACUGUCAUGCACAUGCCUGGUCAUUCACGAGGCAGCAUUUGCUUACAUGACAAGGACCGGAAGAUUUUGUUCAGCGGAGAUGUGGUGUAUGACGGAUCUAUGAUCGACUGGCUGCCCUACAGCAGAAUCAGUGACUACAUUGCAAGCUGCCAGCGCCUGAUGGAGUUAGUAGAUAGAGGUCUUGUGGAGAAGGUACUACCUGGGCACUUUAACAUAUUUGGAGCAGAAAGGCUGUAUCGUUUAGCUUCCAACUACAUUUCCCAAGCUGGAAUCUGUCACAAGAUCUCUACGUGUGCUAUGAGAUCCAUUGCAAGCAUAGCACUUCGUGUUGCAAAUUCAAGAAUCACUUCUCAGUGACAGUUAAUUUUGUGUGAUCUGUCACAUGCUGUAAAACCAAAUGGGUUGUAAAAGCAUCAAUAACAAGCAGAAGCAGUAUGUGUUAGCAAAAAGAUGGCCAAUUGAUACAGGUGAGCUUAAAAUAUUCUCCCUGUUUUACUUUAUUCUUAUUUUUAUAAAAACUCUGUAAACUAGUAGCUUUAGCCAAAGCUAUAGUUUUUCUUUCCACUUUUUCAGAGCAUUUUUUUACAUGUAUUGCAAUAUAUUGCUUUAUUGAAAUAUAUUGUUUUAUUUAUUUAAAAUGAAAUAUAUUGUUUUAUUUUUGUUACAACUCUGGCAGAUGGAUAUAUACUAAAAGGAGAGGUUUAACAUUCAUGCUUGAAACCUUGUUGAUAUAGUACUAGACUUGUGAUUAUUCAUCACCUCCUGCUCAGGUUUUGACCUAAAAGAACUCUUGCUAAGAUCUAGCGUGUGGUAGGAGCAGUGCCAUUAGGUCAGAGCAGGAGCAACACCUAUGCAGGAGUGUGUGAGCAGAAAGUGAUAAUUCUGUAGCCAUUGCCACCCGUGGGCAUGGUUAUCUGCUGCACCUCUCACCACUUGAAGCUUUAUCUCUGCAACGUGGCAAUUCUAUAGACCAAACUUUGAAGCUGUAAGUCACAGAUACAUCAGUUUAUCACAAAAGCUUUUGGUGCAGACAGACUGUUGAGGCUUUCAUGUUUCCAGGUGUGGUGCAGGGAACCACUGCACCAGGAGAGAGGGAGCGAGCAGGAGCACUCUCACUCACCAUUGGCUAGGGAACUGUUCUGCUUGUAGGCUUGUGAGUUAGCAAUUAGACAAUUUGUGAACUAGUGAAUUAAUGUGUUACAUUACCCUGUACAAAGUGGACUGAGAUUUUGCUGGAUGUGUUUAUUUUUUUCAGCUUAUAAAAAUAUUUGGAGAGUUUGUUGUUCUGGAAAGCUGAGAGAAGGGAACUGUGACAAACUUAAGGCAUUUGUUUAUGCUAAAGGGUAUUUUUAUGUGACAGUGUUGUAACUUGGUGUUAGGGGAGGGAUUGAGACUUUACCAUGACCUUGCCAUGGUGAAGGUGCUGCAUUAAGCAGCCAGUACACUUCUUAUCACAAAGUGAAUGUAAUUCAAAUGGUUUACUGUUUGCAUCUAAGUAUGUGCUGCACAUGGUUGUUCUGAAAUGUAAAGUGUGUUGCAUUGAGUUUGUUCCAAAAAAUAUGUUGAAUAUAUUGAGAAAUGCUAAAUAGCAUUGCAAUUUGUUUAUGAAAAUUGAAUGUGUGAUAUUUAAAAGCUGCUGAAAUGGUUAGUUUGUGUAAUUAUUCUAACAGUUUGUAUAUAUUUAACUUUUUUAAAUGGACACUGUCAGAAUUUAUUUUUGUACAUAGACAUAUAUGUGUUCCAAAAAAGACUGCAAAUGUUUCUCUCAAAUUUUAGUGCAGUUUAACUUUUCUUUUUUGGCUUUCACUUCAUGCAGAAGGUUUUGCCCCCAUCAUAGCCAGUAGUAAGGGAGCCAGAGGUUUGUGCUCUGUCUAAGGCAUGAGGGAGAAGAAGUUGAUAGCCUUCUAAAUAGAUGCAAAUUUUUGUGGAAAAAACACCAACCUAUUACAAAAUUUAAAAAGCAACUCUGUAUAAAUAUGAUAAAAGCAAGUAUCUUAGGUAAGGCUUUUUCCUUUUCAUAGAUGACUGCACUCCUGCCUUUACUGUGAAUAUAUUCUUUACCAGGAUUUGUACUGAUUGUUGCCUAGUUCUUUUUAGAAGUGCCUAUCUCCAAGCUGAAGCAAAAUUGUGAGUGGGCAGGCCAUAUACAGAGAUGCAGCACUUCAAAGAAUUGUUACCAGUCAGUUCACGGUCUCUUUUUUUUUGAGAAAUCCAUGUACAUCAGUGUAUGACGUGAGGAGUGUUCAGUGGGUAGACUUAUUUCAUAAAACCAAGAGGUGUUUAUCUUUGCCUCAGUUGGCAGAGGAAGAAAUACAAAAACAGCAUGGGAAGCAGGCUGAAGGUAUAUAUAUCUCUAAAGGUAUAUAUAUCUGGUGUAACACCAGAAAUAAUCAUUCUUUUUAAACAAUGCUUUUGUGAAGACUCUGGGAGCCCUGGUGGUAACCCUGUGCGUUAAAGGAGUCACCAGGAUAUCCAAAGCCUGCCAAUAUGGAUGUCAAGUUUUGCAGAUGUUCACUAGAAAAGUAAGAUCACUUUGAAUUGGCAUUCUGUGUUACACUUCUAUCAGUUUGUUCAUUUGAUCCAAUAUUAGAAUCUCUGUAGUCAGAUUUUACUAUAUUUUAAAGCCUGAGCUUUUACGACAAGACUCACAGGCAACAUCAGUCCAGAAGGAAAGAAUAACCUCCAUCCUCCAUAAUUUGUGUUUAAAUCUGUGCUCAGUAUCUCUAUCAGCAAAGAUCCUUAAAUGGUCAGAUCACUCUCAAAAUGCCCUGUUAAGCUAAGCUUAAGUCCACUAAGUACGUAACCAAAAUCUUUUUUACUCUACCAAAAUCUAGGGGAUAAUUCCUAGCUCAGAAAUGAACUUUACAUGCAUGUAACCCAAAGUGGAGUUUGUUAGUAAAUUGCUGCUAAUCCAAAUGAAAGUAGUUUUUUGAGUAAUGAAAUUAUUUUUUGUAUUAUGAAAAAUUCACUACUAUAAACAGAUAAACAAUAUUUAAAUUAUCUUAAGUUAAGAGAAUGGUUUCUGAUUAUUUUUGUUAAGACUUAAGAAAUUUUAAUCAUAAGAGUUUGACAGUGGUCCUUUAACACUACUUGGAUUAAAUAUUUUUAAAAUGCAUUGUAAGUUUAAAUACCAUGUCAUGUCAGUGUUUAGAACUGUGUUGAUUUCUUUGUAACAUCUAAAUAUAUGUUAAUGCAGUUUUCAGUAAACUGGGGAAUUGAUAUAAAAAUCAGAUGGGAAGUUUUGUUCUGUAAUCUGUCAAGGCCGUUACAAUGUUAAACUACUGUUUGCACAUAAUUAAUUUUUUUCAUGUAUUAUCAUAAUAAAAUAUUAUAAUCCUA